AUGGACGAACGUAGUCGUUUCUUGGCGGAUGCCGCAGCUCAGCGAAGAGAACGUGAACUCGGGCGAGUUCACGCCGAGAUCGCUGUCAAAUUACAGGCAUUAGCAAGAGGCUGUCUAGCCAGACGAAAAUUUGUGAAUGAAAUCCGUUCGACUAUAUCGGAGAAGCUGGCAGCGUUCACUGAUCUUGAGAAAUCGGGAAAGGAGUUACUUCCAAAUGAUGAAGUGCUGAAGUGGUCUCGUCUGCUUUUGCGUAUCAAGCAGCUUCCUGAUGAUAAUGAGCAGUUAGGAACAUUUCAAUGGACGAUUAUCAGUGAGGUUCAGAUUUUAUCCCUAUUAUGUCGGCACAUAAUUUUGUCGUUGGAUUCGUCAGCUAAAGAUACGAAUUGGGCCACGAUGUUCCUCAACAAAUCAACGAUUGUGGCUGCAAGUAAAGUUACCACUAACAUCAUCACCGUUAUUCCCCAGUCGCUCAUGUAUAUUUCGGGUGCUCGUGUUGCUGAAAUCAAAAUAUGGCAAACUUUCGUUCAUUUUCUUGUUGUACUAAGCUCAAGUAAUGGUUGGCUCCUUGUUCGGAAUGCUCCUCAGAAUUCCCUGUUCGUCGCAUCGAAUGAGCAUAAACCGGUGUUAAGUGCCCAAGCGUUAAACGCUUUGUUUUCCAUACUUAUGAAAUCCGUUAAAAACGACGAGACAUUAGUACCGUUGUUCAUCACUCAAGUCCUCACAUGUCCUGCAAUUAUAUUCCAUGUGAAUAAAGCGAAUCUUGAUGCAUUACUCACGUCUGGUCUAUUUGGACGAUGUUUAACUCACAUACGUAAUUCAUCGGACAUUGUGGAAAGCAUAGAGCCACAGAGAACCAUUAACUUGCUCGGAAAUGUGAUCCAUCUAGGCUAUCUGGACGAAGAGGUACUAUCUACGAUUCUGUUGUCUUUCAAGCCAUCUGAAAGUUUAUUUGUUCAGACGGUCAAAGGUCGAAUAGUUGAUUGGACUUGGGUCAUCGGAUUGGCUAUGGCACAGUGCACAGAAUUUGCCGUUCGUCCUGGUGAACAAUCUAGUCAUAAUCAUUGGCACCCAAUAUUCGGUCACUACAAGUUGCCCAUUGAUCCCAAAACGGAGAGGUCUCUGCGUAAUGUUCUACGGCAGCUGCAAAUGUUGUGGAGUUACCGCAUCGUUAGCAGACUUUUCGACAAAGCCCUCGAAGGAGUUGAUCAGAGUCGCCCAAAUGGUCACGUGCCGGUGAAAGAUCUGGGAGCCACGUUUAACAAGUUGUGGAAGAAGUUGGGAGGUGGGUCUUCGUCCGAGCCUAUAGGAGAAGUGGAAAAGGAGACACCACCAACACUCGCAGCGGUUGUAUGUCAGCUCUAUAUGACAGCCUUGUCAACUAUGGGUAAUAUGAAGAACGAAAUUAUAGCAGGAGUUUGCCGAGAAGACAGGAUUCUGCGACAACUGUGGUCAUAUCUUGUUCGAUGGGGUGGGGAAGGGAGAUCAUCUUCUCCUUCUACCUCGCCUCCACCGCUAACCGCUGCAUUGGCAUUGCUGGCUCGUCCUCAAAGUCCACAUGCAGCUCCCUUAACAUUGUUUGCAGAUGCUGCUGCCAUUGUGAUAUCAAUUUUGGAUGAGGAAGAGCUCUACGAACGUGCAGUACCAUUUCCUCUAGAUGAACUUGUACACAUUGCUCGUUUUUGCAAUUAUUUCUGUUUCCGUGCUGUAUGGAGCGGAUACGUAGACGAUCGGAAUUCUAAUUACGGUUUAUUUGCGAGUGUCCAUACUCUUUGCAUGGUCCUUCAUGUUCGUGACAGCCGCCGCUCAUUUGUCAAUGAUCCGAAAUUCUGGCUGGCUCCUGACGUAAAGAGUUCGGUGCUAAUGGGAGAGUUUGAGAAAAAGACAUCAAGAGGCAUACUUCUAAUGCGUAAAUUGAGCCAUUUGAUUUCACUCAAGGAGAGGAUGCUGUUAUUUAGGAAAUUCGUCAGCGCAGAUAAGUCGAGCAUCGAAUCGUCAGCUACUCUCAUCACAGUCGCGCGAAAUCGACUUGUUGAAGACGGUUACAGGCAGCUGUCAAUGUUAUCAACAAGAGCACUCAAGUCUACAAUACGAGUGAAGUUCGUGAAUCAACAGGGUCUCGAUGAGGCCGGUAUAGACCAGGAUGGAGUGUUCAAGGAGUUCCUUGAACUGACUAUCAAGCAAGUGUUCGAUCCUGCCUUAAACUUGUUCCAUAGUACUGCCGCCGGAGUGCUAUAUCCAUCUCCGACCUCAAGUGUACAUGAAGAUCAUUUGGCUCUAUUCCAAUUCGUGGGCAGAAUUCUGGCCAAGGCAGUGUAUGAGGGUAUUGUGGUUGAUGUUCAGCUAGCACCAGUUCUUCUUGCCGCGAUGCUUGGAGGGCGUCGUCUUUGUGCCUUUGAUGAACUAUCUCAGUUGGAUCCCGAACUUUAUCGUAACCUUACUUUCGUGAAGAAGUACGACGGUGACGUUAGCGAUCUCUCCUUAACAUUUUCUAUCGAUGAAGAUUUUAUGGGAAAGAUAAACACUGUCGAUCUGGUUCCUGGCGGUAGGACGAUUCAAGUCACAAAUGAGAACAAAAUCGACUAUGUGCAUCGGAUGGCUCAUCAUCGUGUGUUCUCACAGACAAAGCAGCAGUGUCGAGCGUUUGUUUCUGGUGCGCAGUCGGUUCUGAACCCCGCAUGGCUCUUUCUCUUUGCUCCAUAUGAACUUCAAUUCAUAAUAAGUGGAUACUCUAGUGAUAUCGACCUUGUGGAUCUUAAAAAACAUGUACAAUAUUAUGGCGGAUUUCACGGAAGCCAUCGACUUAUUAAGUGGUUGUGGGAGAUUGUGGAAAAAGAUUUUACUGCCGAAGAACGAAGACUUUUCCUCAAGUUUGUUACAAGUUGCUCACGUCCUCCUCUGCUCGGCUUUUCCUACCUCGAGCCUCCAUUUUCAAUACGAUGUGUGGAAGUAUCAGACGACCAGGAUCAGGGCGACACAUUAGGAAGCGUUGUACGUGGAUUCCUAGCGCUGAAGAAGAGUCAGUCAUCAUCGCGUCUGCCGACUGCCUCGACUUGCUUUAAUCUGUUGAAAUUGCCGAACUACAACAAGAAAUCAGUCCUCCUGUCGAAACUCCGCUACGCAAUUCAUUCAGAAACCGGUUUUGAACUUAGCUAA